GUAGGUUAGCAAUGAUGUUUAAGCUAAAGAAAACAAAAAGAUUAGAGACGUUGGUGCCGUAGUACUUGGGGUUGAUUCCUUCGUUUGAAAGAAAUCCAUUGGCGUAAUCAGUAGGAAGCAGCAGCAGCAUCCGUCGUUUUCGUCCUACAAAGGAAGGAGAUGAUCCAAUUUCUAACUUCCAUAAUACUGUGUUCUAGUUUUUCAGUAAUUUAAAGCUAAAAGAAAGAGGAUUUUUCAUCACUUGCAUUCCACUUUCAAGUUCCAACGUGUUGUGUUGAACGGAACACUUAUUACUGAAUAUCGCUUAAUCGUAAGUCUUUGAGGCAUUGUUUUCUGGUUGGAAAGGGAAGAGAGAGAUCAACAAUAUGGAAGUCAUUAGUUGAGUUUGAUUCUAAUAGAAAUCAAUCACGCGAUCUAGCUUAGCUGUGCCUGUGGAUUUGAACAACAUUGCAGGCUGCUUUCAUGUUGAAGUUGUUUACUCUUCGGAGGCUGCCAUGGAGCCCCAAUCAUGGUAGUCAGGGAAAGGUUCAGUUAACAGCUGCAGAAGUAGAGUCUCUUCGAUCAGAACUUGUUGAUUUAGAAGAGAAGGAGGCUCAGUUAAAAGCUCAGUUGGAAAAUAUUGAUGAAAUUUUACGGUCAGCUCGUCUAUCUGGAUAUUUAUACAUCCGAACUAGAUGGGCGGCACUACCGGGUGAACCUCCAACUAUUGAUGAUACCGAAGUAGAUGAUUGGCUUCCUCGCUUUGUUGUUCUUCAGGGUGAAUGUUUAUUCUUAUAUUUGUUGUGUACAGACUUAAGUCCUCAAGAUUCAACGCUUCUAUCUGACAUUGUUGAAGUAAACCAAUUACCAAGUUUUAAGCGUGAAGAUGGUGAGAUGAGAUACGCCUUUUCUAUUUUAACUCGACAAGGUUUACGAUAUGAAUGUUCAAGCAGUUCUAAGAUACAGGUGGACUCAUGGUUAUCAGCUCUACAAUCUGACUGCAAACUGGAAUCUGAUACAUCAACUUCCAAUGGUUCAAUACAGAUGUAAUUACCUUGUAUGCUGAAUUUGAGAUGGAAUGAGAGAUAAACUUUGCGUGUAAAUAUAAAACUAAUGCUCUGAUUAUUUCUUCUUGUACAUAUACAACACAGAGUAACUGAGUAGAGACUGAUGAUUCCAGUUCUUAAUUGUCCCA